AUGGUAAUUCCGCAGCUGCGCUUAACAAGAAAUCAAGCAAUUGCCCGGACUGUUGUUGCUGUGAUUGGAUUGGCGAUUGGGGCGUAUGGUGUGGCGACAGUCUAUAAGCCGCUUCAGACGAAUUGGAUUUGCGCAAGGCCGAGUUGCUCGUCCACUACAAAGCAAAACACGAUGAGCGGGUGCGAAAAGCCGCAGCUGCUCAACAGGGCCCAAAAUAAUCCAGAAGAGUCAGUUUCAUCACCCAGCACUAGUAGUAAUAGCGCUGCUGCUACUACCGGUCCAUACCAUGAUGAAUUACCCUCAACUUCCCUAAUGAAGCAAAUAUUCAAAUUUUAUAAACGCCGUGAUCGCGAGCUGGACUUAUCGAAUGUCCUGGAUCUCAGGCGCUCCUCCGCAAAUCAGGGGAUCACUUGCUCGAAAUUUGUUCCCCAGGUGACGCCCUCCGAUUUGACUCUGGCGAAGCUAGGCUUGCGCCCAGUCUCACAAUGGACAGCAUCCACGGUGGCUCAUCGCCCUGGCAUGGGGGUCACGUGCUCGAAAUUUGUUCCCCAGGUGACGCCCUCCGAUUUGACUCUGGAAAAGCUGGGCUUGCGUCCAAUCUCGCAAUGGACAGUAUCCACGGUGGCUCAUCGCCCUGGCAUGGUUAUGUUGAACGACAUUUUCGAGCCGUCCAAUCAUCUUCAGUGGAUUGAACGUUCGUUGACCGUUUAUCCUGAGCCACCUGGAUUCACAAACGUUGGUCUUCACGUACCAAAUGCACAAAAUGUAAGUUCUUUAAAUUCUUGGAGCGCUCGGCUGAACUGCAACUCAUACUUGGUAACCAAACUCUUCGGCUGGCAACUUUUCCAUUUGCUUUGACC